GAUGAAAAAGCAGAGUUCCUUUCCUUUAAGAGCACACUGAUCCCUGAGUUUCAUUCUCCUUCGCUCAGAAAUCACAGAGCGAGAUUUAUCAAAUCCUGCGACUGCAGCUUGCUGCAUCGAGGGGACCAGCGGAAUGUGCAGAAGAAGAGUUAGCGAGACUUGCGGAUUUAAGUUAAAUUUGCUCAUUGCCUUGCGAAAUCCGGGAUUUAAGACAAAACGGACGAGAAACGGGAUUUAAGGCAUUCUUGGAGAUUAAUUGAAGGAAGCUUCAACCGAGUUUUUGUCUCCUUCAUAGUUCUGCGUAAAAUAUCGUUGGGGAUGGCUCCUUCUACUCAGCUGCAAAGAGCAAUUGCAGCUGUUAAAGCCAUGAAGCUUCUUGGGUUUAGUCAAGGGGUGGCUAAGCCAGUCUUGAAGGAACUACUCAAAGUUUAUGGGAACAACUGGGAGUACAUCGAAGCUGAGAAUUAUAGGUUGCUUGCAGAAGCAAUACUCGAUAGUCAGGAGUCAAAGGAUCCUGAGCCCAAUGAAAUAGAUGCUGCUUUUACUGAUGAAUUUACGAAACCUCUAAAGAGGCUAAGGCAUAUAGAGGAUCCUGGCCCUUCACAAUCUACAAUUGAAUCUGAGGCUUCUGGUGAAACUUUACUGAAGAAGAUGAAACUGGUGGCAUCAAGCGAAGAUGGAAUUGGAGAGAUGGCUCCUCAACAUGCUAUUAAUUUUGAAGAGCCAAGCGCUCCUUUGGGUCAUGGAAUUCCAAAGUUAAGUAGGCGGAUAAUGCGCUCAAGUUAUCAAAGAGAUGAACAAUACUUGUGUGAUAGAACAGGAAAUGUUGUGUGUUAUAAAGAACCAAAAAAUGAACUAGAUACUGAAGCUCUGCAAGAGGCUGCCGUUGUUGGUGUUUCAACCAUUCCAGAUAAGCCCAUGGCUAUGACUGAAAAUGACAUCUCAACAAAUUAUAAUGUUCCUAUUGCCGUGGCAGCACCUAAUGGGAUUCCUUUAGGGAUUGCAGAUGAAGCUAGUAAAAUUGGUUUUUUUGGGGCAAAUGCUUCGUUUGGUCUAACAGAUUCCUCCCGCCUACAACUAGCACCAAACGAAGGGAAUGAAAGAGAAAGUUUUCAAGUUUCGGCACAGAAUGUGCUUGCUUAUGUACAGGAUUCAACUAAUGUUACCAUAGCUUCCUCAAACACGGGGAAGGUAAAACUUUCAUUGAACUGUAGCGUUGAGUGUCAGAAUUUUAAAAUGCCUGUCAUAGAAUCAGUCUUUAAAAUAGUUGAGGAUAGGUGUUUAAAAUCCUAUAAGAUUCUUCAUCCUAACUUCUCACUUUUGAACCUAAUGAGAGAGAUAUGCCAGAGUUCUGCUGAUUUGGCUGCUGAGUCGGGUGUUCCGCUCGAUGAUGUUGUAAAAUUGUCUCCUCUGAAAGAAUGUUUGAAAAAUUCCGAGUCACCUGGUAUUCAUCGUAGAAUGACCAGGAGGUCUUUCAAUGUUUCACCAAAUUUGGUUUCAUUGGAAACUCGAAGGAAGAGCAUGAAUGGUCUACAAUCAAGCCUACAUAUUGAUGGUCAGAGUAAUGGUAUACAUAAAAACUAUGCUCCACAGUCCUCAGACAAUGAUGUUUUACAGUGUUCGGCUAUUCAGCCUCUGCAUGAGAAUGCUAUUAUUGCAUCCUUGCCCCAACAUUUUGAACAUGACAUAGCAAAAGGUGAAGAAAGAAUAAUAAUUUCAGUCAUUAAUGAAUUCAAUCGUGAGAAGACCCUCCCUUACUUUCGUUACAUACCUUGGAAUGUUGUUUAUCAAAAUGCUCAUGUGAAUUUUUCCCUUGCUCAAAUUGAUGAGGAUGACUGUUGUAUAAACUGUUUUGGCAAUUGCUUGAGUGUCUCUAUCCCAUGUGCAUGCACAAGAGAAUCAGGUGGUGAAUUUGUCUACACACUAGAUGGUUUGUUGAAAAAGGAAUUUCUGAAUGAAUGCAUUUCUAUGAACAGCUAUAUGGAUAAACGACAUGUCUACUGUAAGAAUUGCCCUAUAGAGAGGUUUAAGGGUGAGAAUAAGUUUGAUUCAUGUAAGGGACAUGUCGUUAGGAAAUUUAUCAAAGAAUGUUGGAGCAAGUGUGGGUGCAACAAGCAAUGUGGGAAUCGUGUUGUUCAGCGUGGUAUAACAUAUAAUUUGCAGGUGUUUUAUACUGCUGACGGUAAAGGAUGGGGGCUUCGAACCCUUGAAGAAUUACCUAGGGGAGCAUUUGUUUGUGAAUAUGUUGGAGAGAUUUUAACGAGCAAAGAACUUUAUGAUCGAACUGUGCAAGGGUCUUGUAGUGCAAAACAUACUUACACAUUGGUAUUGGAUGCUGAUUGGGUUUCAGAAGAGAGAUUGAGGGAUGAAGAAGCUCUUUGUUUAGAUGCUACUUUCUAUGGAAAUGUUGGGAGAUUUGUUAAUCAUAGAUGUUUUGAUGCUAAUUUGGUUGAGGUGCCUGUUGAGUGGGAGACACCAGAUCAUCAUUAUUAUCAUCUUGCCUAUUUUACUACAAGAAAGGUAGAAGCUUUGGAGGAAUUAACUAGGGAUUAUGGGAUUGACUUUAAAGACCAUGCACAUCCAAUCAAGGCCUUUAAAUGUCUCUGUGGAAGUAGUAUAUGUCGAGACAGCUGCCGUUCAAGAAAGAGAAAGGAGCAGGUGGGAUCAUAGCAGCCGCUUAUUUAGAGAUCAAAGGGUGUAAAUCAAUCAUAUAGAAAAAUUACCUCGGCUGUUCAUCCGGCGGCCCAAUUUGGACAAUCCAUGUCGACAUUAACAGCCGCCACCAAGAGAAGGACAUUUUCGUAAAAUC